AUGUCUCCAGACUUCUACGAAAUAUUCUAUGGAGGAGGAGGGAAUCGCUGGACAUAUUUAUCUCGAAACUAUGGCAGGAACGAGGCAGCAUUCAAUACACCAAAUCUAUUAGACUGUAAUGAUAGGGUUUCACUGUGGCUGAGCUGGGAAAAUGGUCAACUCCAAAGUGGAACUGGUUCGAUCCUGGGACAGAAUAGAAUGAUGAAUUGGAAUGAUCCAUAUCCCUUACCCAUUAAAGGCAUAGGAAUCAUGUCGGCAUAUGGACAUAAUGCUACAUGGAUAAUUCCCUCUGGAGAUAUCCAAGACAACGGGAGAUUCUGUGGAUCCCCAGGACAAACUCUUACCAAUGCGGGUGUUAUUACAUACGACCAAUCACUCUUAAGUUGUACCUUAACAUGUUUUACUUCUAAUGUGUGUGCUAGUUUUGAUUACAACAAUAAUACUGACGGAUGUUAUCAGGUCACAUUGUUAAAUCACAUGGUAGCUAACUUCCUGAUUAAACAGAUCUUCAGAAUGUCAAACCAUUCGAAAAGUUGUAACAUAUGUGACGAUAGACAUAUAACAAAACAAGCAACCCAUUGGUGUUCAGAAUGUGAACAAGCUUUUUGCAACGAAUGCAAAGAAUAUCACGCAUAUUCAAGGUUAUCCAAAAACCAUACAACAAUUUCGAUGUCAGAUUUUUUAUCACUAGAGCCAUCAUUUUCCUCUAUAACAAGUGUAUGUGCUGAACAUAAUGACAUUUAUCAAAUCUUUUGUCGUACCCAUGAUAAGCUUCUUUGCCAUAAUUGCUUAGCAAACCAUGAUGGGUGUAAGGGCAUAGUUCCGCUGACUGAGAUUACCAAAACUGUGAAAUCAUCAUCCAAUUUCCAAGAAACGCAACAUGGUUUAACUGAUAUACAUGAAAACAUAACUAAAAUUCAGGAUGCGUUUCUAUUGUCUUUAAAAUCGAUAAAAGAGGAAGAACUUAUACUUUUGUCAGAGAUUGGUACGACAAGGAAGAAAAUAGAUGACCAUUUAGACAAGCUCGAACACGACCUCAGAAAAAAAGUUUCAGAAGAAGCAGCCAAAUCACGCGCAGCCAUUGAAGUAUUGUUACAGAAACUUGAUGAUCGAAAAUCGGAAAUUACAAAUCACUUGCAGCAAAUGAAAUAUUUAGAAACUUACGCAUCCAAUUUUCAAACCUAUCUUAGCCUCAGGCACCUUUCAUCUGCUGUCGAUUCUGCUGAAUUAUUUGUUAACUCGAUGGCUAACGAUGGAAGUUUAGAAAUAAAUACAUUAAUUUUGAAUUUUGAUAAAAAGAUAAAGAUAAUAGUAAGCAAUAUACAGCAGUUCGGUAUAGUACAGGUUCAGAAAAAGACGUUCAGCGUGCCACUUAUACGACAGAAGGACAAACAAGCUCAGCUAGUCGGAUUAGGACGACCACAUGUUAAGUCGAUAAAUGACAUUAAGCUUAGAUUAUUUAAAACGAUUGAAACAACAUGCCGAGCUAUAAGAGGUUGUGAAAUCCUUCCAAAUGAGAACAUGCUCUUUAGCAAUUAUACCCUGACAGGCCGCGUACUUGUUUUUGAUUCUAAUGGAAAACGUUUGUUCGAUGACUUAAUGAAACCUGAUAGACCGUGUUUAGAUAUUACAGGUAUGGGUGAUAAUUCGAAAGUAGCAAUUACUUGUGGUUUCGUUCAUGGUAUAGAAAUUGUAGAUAUUAGUAAAUCUAAAUUAAAACUACAAAAACGCAUACCGACUAAAAACGGUUGCUUUGGAGUGGCAUUUAAUGAUGAUUCCUUAUUUUGCUGUAUUCACAAAGAGGGUAUACAGAAAAUUAAUUUAGACAACUACAGUUUAUCGCCCAUUGUCAAAUUUGAUUUGACGUUCGGAUACAUCGCUGUAAACAACAACAAGAUUUAUUACACUGACCGCGACAAAAAUACUGUUACGUGCUAUGACAUGCAAGGUCAAUUAUUGUGGAAAUGUAAAGAUGACACUUAUUUGAAAGCCCCAUGUAAUAUAUCAGUCGAUAACAACGAAUUUGUAUACGUUGUAAGCGAGGAAAAGAAUAGUAUUACAGUUUUGUCACCUGAUGGACAGGAUAAAAGAAUGUUGUUGACAAAUUCUGAAGGAGAAAACUUACCUCGUGCUUUACAUUUUGACAGACUUAGAAAUCGUCUACUUGUUGCUUUUGAAGAAGCAACAACAUUUUUGUUUGACGUUUCGGUAUAA